AUGGCUUUGGUGUCUGCUGCCCCCUAUAUUGCCUUGCUCUCUGAGCAAGACCUGACAUUGAAAUCAUAUGCGUUAUCGUCGUUGAACGACUCUGUGGACCAGCUCUGGGCUGAGAUCGCCAACAACUUGAACGAGUUGGAGGAGGUAUAUGAAGACCCCCAGUUUGAAAAGCGCAAUUUGGCUGCUUUGGUCAUUUCCAAGGUCUACUACAACUUGGGUGACUUUGAGGCCCUGGUAAAGUACGGCCUCAGAGCGGAGAAGGAGUUUGAUCUCGAGGAGAAAAGCCAGUACAUUGAAACCAUUGUAUCCCAAUGCAUCAACAUCUACAGCUCCGAGGCACGUAUACGGUACUUGGGCGAGUCCUCGGAGCCAAUCAACCCGCAGCUUGUGGCCGUGUUCGAGAAGAUGGUGCAAAAGUGUGUUGCUGCCAACGAAAUCAAGCUUGCUCUUGGAAUUGCCUUGGACAGCUUCCGCUUGGACAUUGUCAAGCAGAUUAUUGCUGACGAAGUCGCUAAAGACGAAGAAUCGGGCUCUGCUUUGAUCAAUUACGUGUUGGUUUGCAGCAAUUCCGUAAUCUCCAACGCAACCUUCAGAUCCGACGUGUUGAACACCUUGAUUGAUGCUUUGUUGUCUUUGAAGGACAACCAGGACUACUUCACUGUCUUCAAGAUCAUUGUGCAGUUGAACGAUGCCAAGUUGGCGGUGGAGGUGUUUAAGCAGCUCAUAACUAGAGGUGAACACUUGAUUGCCUACCAAGGUGCAUUUGAUUUGGUCAGCUCGGCUUCCCAGGAACUCAUCAAGAGUGUUUCCAAGGUGUUAUCCGACGACGAAUCCUUUAACUCCACAGAGGCUAUCCCCGCUCGCUUGCUACAUAUUUUAUCUGGUGUGCCUACUUGCGACUUGGACAUCACCUUCUUAUACAAGAACAAGAACAUCGAUAUCACCAUCUUGAACAAGACAAAGAACUUGUUGGAGGGAAGAAACUCCAUUUUCCACUCGGCCGUCACCUUUGCAAAUGCGUUCAUGCAUUUAGGAACCACUGACGAUACUUUCUUCAGAAAGAACUUGGAAUGGUUGGGUAAGGCCUCCAACUGGUCCAAAUUCUCUGCGACUGCUGCUUUGGGUGUAAUCCACAAGGGUAACUUGUCCCAGGGCCGCAACAUCUUGAAACCAUACUUGCCUGAAUCCAAUGGAUCCGCCUACACCAAGGGUGGUUCCUUGUUUGCUCUUGGAUUGAUUUUCGCUGGCCACGGUGGUGAAACAAUCGACUACUUGAAGCUGUUCGUUGAUGAGCACGGCAAUUCAGCCGGAAGUGCUGACUCCGACGUCAUGUUGCACGGUGCCUGUCUCGGAAGUAGUGUCGCUGGCAUGGCCUCCAACAACGAGAGCCUCUACGAGGCCUUGAAGGUCGUUUUAUACUCGGACUCGGCUAUCUCGGGAGAGGCUGCUGGAUUGGCUAUGGGUCUUGUAACUUUGGGAUCUGGUAAUGCCGAGGUUACCCAUGACAUGUUUACUUACGCCAAGGAGACUCUGCACGAACGUAUCAUUCGUGGUUUGGCCAUGGGUAUUGCCUUGGUCAACUAUGGUCAGGAAGACAAGGCUUUGCCAAUUAUUGAAGAGCUUUUUGCCCAGGAACACGUUCUCUUGAGAUAUGGUGGUGCUUUCACUAUUGCCUUAGCCUACGCUGGUACUGGAAACAACAACGCUAUUAAGAAGUUGUUACACCAUGCUGUCUCAGACCCAUCCGAUGAUGUCAGAAGAGCCUCUGUGAUUGGUUUGGGAUUCUUGUUAAUCCGUGACUAUACUGCUGCUCCUCAAAUCGUCGAGCUCUUGUCGCAAUCCCACAACCCUCAUGUUCGUUAUGGUACUGCCAUGGCAUUGGGUAUUGCUUGCGCAGGCAGAGCUUUGCCUGCUGCUCUUGAGGUGAUUGAACCAUUGACCAAGGAUUCCGUGGACUUUGUUAGACAAGGUGCAUUGCAGGCUUCUGCUAUGAUCAUGAUCCAGCAAAAUGAGACCGCUUACCCUAAAGUUAAGGACUUCACCAAGUUAUAUGCGGAAACUAUCAAGAACAAGCACGAGGAUGCAUUGGCUAAGUUUGGUGCCACGUUGGCCCAAGGUAUCAUCGAUGCCGGUGGACGCAAUGUGACAAUCAGCUUAGAGAACACAAACACUAACACUUUGAAUGUGAAGGCCAUUGUUGGACUUGCAGUGUUUGUUCAGUCGUGGUUCUGGUACCCAUUUGCACACUUCUUGUCGCUUUCGUUUGCGCCUACAGCCAUUAUUGGUGUCAAGGAAGAUUUGAAGGUGCCAAACUUCGAAUUGAAUGUUCAUGCCAAACCGGAAUAUUUCCAGUAUCCACCAAAAGUUGAAGAAGCCAAGGAAAAGCAACCAGAUAAGAUCACCAAGGCAGUUUUAUCCACGACAGCAAGAGCAAAGGCCAGAGCCAAGAAAAACCAGGCCGACAAGGGCGAUGCCAUGGAUGUGGACUCUGAGGUGAAGAAGGAAGAGAAGUCUGAGGUCAAGAAGGAAGAGAAGUCUGAGAAGAAGGAAGAUAAGUCUGAAAAGAAAGAGGAAAAUGCCGACAAGAAGGAAGACAAGAGUGAAAACGAUGAGAAGGCCAAGAGUGAAGAGGGUGAGGACGAGAAGAUUUCAUACGAGCCAGCCACAAUUCGUUACGUGAAGUCCCCAUACAAGAUCAACAACUUGUCUAGAGUGUUGCCAGCCGAGUCCAACUUCGUUUCUUUCAUCAAGGACGAACGCUUUACGCCUAUUCGCAAAUUUAAAGGUUCCGGAGGCAUCAUUGUUCUCCAGGACACCAAGCAGGGCGAGCCUGUUGAAAUCAUCAAGACUGUGAGACAGUUGAACAUCACUGAGGCACCGGUUCCACAACCAUUCACGUUGAGCGGCGAGGAUUUGGAUGAAGAUAUCGAGUAG